AUGUCCAACACCUCAGUGUCUUUGACAGGAGUGCCGCUGUCUGUGGACUUCCAGCACCCUGAAGACUACUUCGUGUUUAUUUUUCAGAUCUUAUUUGCCACCAUCACAGCUCUAGUGGCAGGGACUGUAGUCGUUAGUAUCCUGGCCACGCGAGCCUUGCGCCUUCAGAACCGCUUUAUCUUUAUGCUCAACACCAGUGUGUGUGAUACUCUGGUGGGUUUGUCUGUUUACUAUGUUGGUCUUUUUGAUGUCUUUGAAGGAUAUCCACCAAGAAAUGCGACAUAUUAUGUUUUACCUUCACUUAUGGGUGUGAAUAUCUGGACAUUUUUGUUUGCUCAGUUUGAUCGGUAUUUUGCUGUGUGCCACCCUUUUAUUUACAGUCGUUUUAUAACAAGACAUGUUGUAAUUGCUGUUAAUAUCUAUUGCUGGGUCUACACAUAUAUGCAUUCAAUCGUAAGAACUUUGCUGCCAGUGUCUACAGCCUUACAGCUCUAUGUUUUUAGCAUUGUGUCUUUUCAGAUUAUAGUGUUAACCAAAGUCAUCAUGACUAUUAAACUUUACUUUGUGGCCAGGUUUCAGGUGGAAAGGGACCUGCCAGGACCAGAGAAAGAAAGCAACAAGGAAUCACUAAAAAUUAUAAUUUUUGUUGUAAUCAUGUUCUUAGUGCUGUGGGGCCCCUCAUUCAUAAAUAUUCUUCUUAGGUAUUUUGGAGGUGGAGUGACCUUUAGGAAUGAGGCCACUAAUAUUUUUGCAAUAAUGGCUCGCUUUAAUUCAUUGUGUACUCCGUCUGUGUACAUAUGGGGAAGCCCAGCUCUGAGACAGGUCAUAGUCCGCACACUGUGGGGUAGAGUGUGUCCUCGCUGCAGCAGAAGGAUUGCUGUGGGGAAGAUCAUUCAGAAAUAG